CCUAGCUAGCUUCCGCUUUCACCCUUACCGAGUAAUUGUUUGAAACUUGCCGGCGGCGGCCGGCAAGAGCUUCACAAAUUCUAACGACCUACCUAAUUGCAGAAACUCCCCGGCUGUUUCUUAUACCUCACGUUGCUUUGAACUUUGAAUACUCUAUGCUGCACAAGAAUUUUUCAAGACAAAUCCAUGACUCUGGAACACUAUAAAUUUAUCACCUUUCCCGCAUUCCUUUCAUUCCACACAAACUUCCAACUUCUUAAUUUGAAUAUUUCAUAAAUAGAUCCCCCACUUCAAAAUCUCCUAAUUUAAUUUCAGGAUGAAAUCUUUCGGCGUGUUCUUGUUCUCUUUGAUGACAGCUUUGGCUACUUUCUCCCUUCUUUUGGGUUGCUCAGAAGGUCGUCCCCUUGAUAUCUUGAAGGUCCAUGGCGCCUCCACCGCCGUCUUGGGUGGCGUAGGAAAUGCAUGGGGUUUGGACUGGUUGACUCUGGGUGCCGUCAAGGGUGGAGGGCCUAGUCCCGGCGGGGCAGGCCAUAGGUUUUUUACUGACGGAGGAGUCAAGAACUCUGGCCCCAGCCCCGGCGGCGCAGGCCAUAGGUUUUUUACGGACGGAGGAAUCAAGAACUCUGGCCCCAGUCCCGGUGAUGGACACCGGGUUGUCGCCGGUAAACGUCAGUGAGCAAUGAAUUAAACCCGCCGUUAUGAUCCAAUUUUUUAAUUCAAAUUCAUAUGUACGCAUUAUUACUUGGUUCUUUAUUCUUGUUUCUCGAUUAUUUAUAUCAUGGGGUUGAGCGAACCCAAAAAGGCCAAAAGGCCAAAACGCUACUUGUAUAAGUGAUUUGCUCACUCUCACAACUUAGUCAUGCAAUUUUCUGUGUGAACAAAAAGUUAGUCUGUAUAAAUAAAUAAAAUAUUGUACACAUUUGUUGACCCCGGAUUGGAUGUGCAUUUUGUAUUAGGAAAAU